AUCAACACCCUCGUGUCCUUCGUUUGUUUGGACAGAAAAUAAUUGUGGUAUUUGUAGCAUAUUUUCCGGGGGAAAAAGGAGCAAAUCUGAGACUGAGAUUGAGAGCAGCAGAUGGCGAAUAUGAAAAAUCAAUCUCAUUGUCUUCUUCUUUUGCUCGUAUUAAUAACUAUUUUCUCGAGCCUAAAAACUACUAAAGCAGAGGUCAUAACCCUAACAGCCGAUACCUUCUCGGAUAAGGUGAAGGAGAAGGACACUGCAUGGUUUGUGCAAUUCUGCGUUCCUUGGUGUAAGCAUUGUAAGAAUUUGGGUUCUCUGUGGGAAGACCUGGGGAAGAUAAUGGAAGGGGAAGAUGAGAUAGAGAUUGGACAAGUUGACUGUGGUGUUAGUAAAUCAGUUUGUUCCAAGGUGGAUAUUCAUUCUUAUCCAACAUUUAAGGUCUUUUAUGAUGGAGAAGAAGUUGCAAAGUAUCAAGGACCAAGGAAUGUUGAGUCACUUAAAACAUUUGUAUUGGAAGAAGCAGAAAAAGCAGCAAUGAAAGCAGAGCUCGAAAAUGAGAAAGAUUUGUAGUUAACUUGCAAGAUUUGAGCUUCCUAAUAGUGGAACCGGGGAGGUUAACCCUUUGAGUGAAAGCAAGAAAUGGAGAGAGGGCCAUUUCCAACUCAGCCAUCAUGUGGUGAAAUCCUAAGCAAUGUGCUGUUUCCAUUCUGUAAUGUGAUCAGCAUGUGGUUAAGGGGCCACCUCUACCAACUUUGUUGACAUUUUGUUUCUACCCAAGGGCUUGGCCAGCCCGCAGCAUCCUGUUUGAGGAGGUUUGAUGUUAAGUUUUUAGAAAGACAUUAUUUAAAUUUGAUGCAAAGAAAAUUUCAUAGGGGCUACAUUUUUUAGAUGGUGUUGGGAGAUGGAGAUAUUACUUUAGAACUCAUGAUCUAAUGUUUGUGGAAAGACAUUUGAUUAUUAUUGUGGUAAAAUUUUAUUUUGGUGAUCGUUA